AUGAGCUCUUUCUUGCGUAUCCCGUUGCGACUACGAACGCCAACUUCAAUUCCUCUCGGUCGCUACUCGAUCAACCAACGAGCAUACGUCCACGACACUCCCCAAAAAUUUUCAAGCGCAAAUGAGCAUGACCUAGAAGAGAAAUGUGACCGCGGUAACACUCCCAACCACCCAAUUCCCUCCAACAACGCCCACCCAACUCUCCGCGACGGCAGACAGUCAAAUCUAGCCGACAUAAGCGGUGUUAAACAUGAGGAUCUACCAGAAGACGUGCGAAAGCACAACGAAGAAAUCGAACACCGAUAUGAUAGGUGCUACAACCAUAUCGGAGAUGAAGGAAAUAUCGAGAAGGCUUUCGAGGAGAAAUGA